AUGGAAGGAUGGGAGGAAGACCUCGAUGUGGAUGACUCUGAUCUCCCCUCCCUACGACCCUCCCAUGCCCCCGGCCUCGUCCACUCCUCCAUCGCUCUCGCCAAUAUCUCUCCCUUUCGGCGCUGCUCGCAGGUCCCGCUCACCUCCCCUACUCGCUCACCAGAUCCUCCUCCACGGCCUCCGCCGGCGGCAGAUCCAGAAGCGGAGGCGGUUGAGCCCGCCGAGGCUGCCGCGUUUCCUCCGCGGCGCCGCAUCCCCGGGCCCGCGGGAGCAGUGCAGGCGGCCAUGCACCGGCAAGCCGCCGUCGCGCAGGAUCGUGGUGGUUUGCUGUUGGAGGAGGAGAGGGAGAGGAGAGCCUUCGGAGAUGAUGGCGAGGAGGCGGACGAGGACUUCGUGCAGAACCCUUGGCUCUGUGCCCUGGAUUUUCUUGGUAAGGAGAAACAAAUUGAACCCUGCUUGAUCUGUUUCUCAUUUAUCCUCUCCGAUAAUAGCAUCCUGUACUCACCUCUGACGGAAGCCGUGAUGCAGUCGAGGAUGGCAGCCCUUUAGAACACUCCAAAUGCUCUAUCGAGGCUCUCGGCAGCACCGACAGAGCAGCGAAGGUAGAGAAAUGUUCUCUUCCAACCGUCUUGCUCUGCUCAAUCUUUAGGAUUUCCUGCUCUGAGCUUCUUCUAUUUUGCUGGAUAGCUCGUGGGGAUCGUGAAGUCCUUCAAACCGAACGGUCUGGGCGAUCUCUUCGUCACUCUCAAGGUAACUCUUCAGCUCCGUCUCUCCGCAUCUUGCUGUGGAUUCCCUCGUAAUCAAGUGUCCUCUUCAGGAUCCCACAGGAACCAUCGGUGCUUCAGUCCAUCGGAAGGUCCUUACUGAUGGCAACCUCGGCGGGGAUCUCUCAGUCGGCUGUGUCGUCAUUCUGAAGCAGGUUUCUCGCUCUCCCCAGAUCUCAACCAACCAUCCACAGCAUCUGAUCGAAUGACGCUAAUGAGGCAGUUCUUUCAGGUGGCUGUCUUCUCCCCUUCGCGAUCAACACGUUAUGUGAAUAUUACCUUGAACAAUGUGGUCAAGGUACGCAGAGCUCUUCCCCUUUCGAUCAAACUCUCGGUGAUUGAGGUUUCAGUCAUUAUCACAUGAGAAUCAUAGCUUCUUCUCUGUUCAGAUCGUGACGAGUGUCCUUCCUCCAUGAACAGGUGUUUGGCAAGGACAGUGGGCCUCCCGGUAGACGAGUCCUGCCCCUUUCAGGCAUCAGAUCUCCUGCAUCUGGUAUGAUCGUUCCUGCUCUCUCUUCUGGUAUGAUCCCCCUCCCUCACCCGAGCUCCAGAUUUUCACCCAGCAGUUGACCCCCGAAGGGCCAUUCCAGGUCCUCCAAAGAGCUCCUCCCAAAUCCUCAACUGGGAGACCUCGAGAAGAACCGCCGAUGGCCAAGCUUCCGAGGAGACUGCCGGGUCGGGUGGCGCACGUGGGGAGCGAGCCACUCGAAGCCCGACUUCCAAGAGGACGGUGGGCGGCGGCAGCGGCCCGGCGGCGAGCCCCGGAAAAGGGAUGGCCGCCAAGGUUGCUGCUGCUCAGUGGACGGAAGAGGAACUCUCCCUGUUGUUUUCUGAUGAGCAGGAUGAUGAUGCUGCCGCUCUCUUCUGA